UGUAUACACUAUCAAACAUACCGUGUCACGAUUUCACUACUCGACCAAAGUCGUUGACGUAGGAUAUUUAUGGGAGAAAAUAAACCUUUAACAAUUGAUUAUGUACAAAGGUUAUUGUAAUCCGUAGGUUUAUUUAGUUUUAUGUGGUGUUUGGUUUGAAUAUUCAACUCUUCCAAAUACAGGUUGACAUACUUUAAGAUGGACUGGAUUAUUUGACACUACAGAAAAAAAACGGAAACAGAAUGUGGCUGCUCACGGUGGGCGCGGCGACACUGUUCGCAUGUCUGUAUGUGGCCCCUGCCCUCCCUACUAUGGAAUUUGACCCCCAGGAUCCUGGUCACUUUCUCAACCUGUUCCUGAUAGAAGUGGCGGACAGUCAGACGGCCGAACGAGUGGCGAGGGACAACGGGUUUCAGUUGGACAGCCAGAUCUCGGAACUUGGGCUGUACGUGCUAAGGCACCCGGAAGUGGAGGGUCGAUCCAAGCGGAGCGCGGAGAGCCACGUGGAUAUACUCAAACAGGACCAACGGGUGCGAUUUGUCGAGCAGCAGAAAACCCUUAAACGCGUGCGACGGACGCACAAGAUACUCCAUGAUAAGCAGCUGGAAUUCCCCAUCCGGGAAGUGAAAGACAAUCAUCUCUUCUAUCGAGAACCCGACCAGUUUGACACCCGGGAUGGUCUGCUGUAUAACGACGAGUUCUUUGACGACCAAUGGUAUCUGUCCAACCACCAUCAGACAGGCGGUAAGCGGGACAUCGACCUAGACGUACUACCAGUCUGGCAGCAGGGGUUCCACGGAGAGGGCGUGGUCGUCACCACCCUGGAUGACGGCGUGGAUCACGAGCACCCGGACCUCCGCAAUAACUACGACCCGGAAGCCAGCGCUGAUUUCAAUGACAAAUCUGACAGAGGAAAUGAUCCUACUCCGGACAAAACCAACCCUGCUAACAGUCACGGGACACGGUGUGCGGGAGAGAUUGCAGCGGCAGCCGGCAAUGGAGUGUGCGGUGUUGGCGUAGCUUACGGAGCUUCUAUUGGAGGUAUUCGUCUGUUGGACGGAGCGAUCACGGACCAGCUGGAGGCUAAAGCCCUAAUCUACCACAACCAGCACAUACACAUUUACAGCGCAUCCUGGGGGCCGCACGAUGACGGCUCCACGAUGGAGGCGCCCGGAAAGGCGUGUGUGGAUGCUCUUAGGCAGGGCGUACAAAAGGGUCGGGGUGGCCUUGGAAGUCUGUUCAUCUGGGCGACCGGAAAUGGCGGUGGGUCAGGUGAUAUGUGCGGGGCGGACGGCUACGUUCCGAGCAUCGAGAGCAUCUCCGUGCAGUCACUGUCGGAUCAGGGCACACGGCCUUUCUUUGGAGAGAGCUGCUCGUCCACCAUGAUCUCCGUCCCUUCCGGGGGCGAGCACACAAAGACGGAGGAAAUGAAAGCCACAUACAAAAUCAAAGUGGUGACAACGGAUAUAGAUGGCGGAUGUGUGGAGAACUUUGAGGGUACAUCGAGCGCCGCGCCACUGGCUUCCGGUGUGUACGCCCUUGUUCUUCAGGCCAACCCGCGCCUCACAUGGCGGGACGUGCAGCACAUCACGGUGAAGGCGGCCCGCGUCACCACGGACGACGACGAAUGGUGGAUUAACGGUGCCAACCAUCACUUGAAUCCACAAUUUGGCUUCGGUAUGAUGGACGCGACACGCAUGGUUGACCUCGCACAGAACUGGGUCAACAUGCCGGAGCAGCAUACGUGUGUAACGGAUAAAAAAGAUGUCAGCAUCGAAAUUUCAGCAGGUGACUGUGGCACGGUCGAGUUCCAGUUUGACGGUUGUCGUGGUGACAGCGAGCGCAGCAUCACCAACUUGGAGCACGUGCAACUCACCGUGCUUGUUGAUGUCGUCAGGCGUGGUGAUGUACAAAUCUACAUCACGUCUCCUGCAGGAACUAGGUCUGCUCUUCUCACCCGCCGUCCAAACGAUGGCAGCGACGAGUCGAUCGAUUUCACGUUCAUGACUGUUCACAGCUGGAUGGAAGACCCUGACGGCAAUUGGAGCGUCGAGGUCUGCUACAAACCCGAUGAUGAUAAGGAAAAAGAGCCGAGGAAUAUCAAGUUUAAGAGAUGGCAGAUGACAGCCUAUGGUUACCAUGACAACGACAAACGUAAGUCAGUCUCCCAGAAAGCCAGGAAGCCAAGUAAAGAAGAACUGCAGAAAAUUAUGAAUCGAGAAUUCAGGGAAUCCAGGUCUGUCAGCUUGAGAAGUGUGGAUCAAGGUCAAGGUCGCGAUAGCCGGGUCGAAGGUCAAGUUCAUUCAAAAAUCGAUGAGGAGAAAAUAAAACGAGUUUUCAAUGGUGAUAGUGAUUCAAUACUCAGUGUAAUAACAGAGUUUCUACAGGGUAAAUAUAUUGAAGAGAAACAAAAACUGAAUAACUUUGAUAACAGGGCUAUUGAUCUUAAGGGUAAUGAUAAUGACUACCGUGAUAUGAAUGGACGUAUGGAGGAUAAUAUAAAAAGAGAAAUAUUAGAAGUUUUAUUGAAGAAUAAGCUGGGUGAUAUGACCAAUAGGGAAUUAGAAGAGGAGGCUACAGAGAUUGAAAAAGAAGCUAAAAUGGUUGACCUAAUUGAGGAAAUAGAGAAAUACUUAAAAAAGAAAUAAGUUACCAAUGUGUUUAUUUAAGAUAAAUACAAUGGCCAGGUCUCAAACAGAAUCUCAGUCGUGGUUUGAUGAGAAAUAUGUAUAAACCAUGCUCAAAUAAACAUUUGUGUUUCCCACUUACGUCAAGCAUCUACAAUCUUCUUAAUAAUUCCUUGCUUAAAUACUUUAAGUUCAAUUAAUUUUACUUCAAUUCAUUUCAAUUUGAUGACGACUUUAUUGCCUUCAUUAUAGGAGAAGAGAAUUUAUUGAAUUAAAGAUAUCUCAAAUUUGACUGUUUUUGUAUAUUUAAAAGGUGAUGGGUUUUUGUAUUCUGUAUAGUUUGUUUUGUUUUGUUCACCAGCUUAAUGUUAUUUAACUCUCACGAAGACUGAUAUUAUGACUUGCUUUUAUACUUUUAUACAUUUUGAGCAUUUUUUGUUACUAUAUGUUUCAAACGGCAAGGUUAUAUUUUAAGGGACUUGCUCACGUUUUAUAGGAUUUGACAUCGAAAUAUUUAUGGUGUGUGAAAAGUGAACACAAUUUUUGUUUAAAUGAUAUAAGAACAUCAAAAAUUCAAAAUAGAACUAGUGUUAAUUAUUUCCUUAAAACAUGACAGAAAUAUGUUUUACUUCUUUGUGAAAAUCACUUAUUUUUGAGAUCCAUUUAUAUGUGCAUUGUUAGCAUAACUUACUGUAACUACUUUAUGCUGGUUUUGAGAUCCAUUUAUAUGUGCAUUGUUAGCAUAACUUACUGUAACUACUUUAUGCUGGUUUUGAAAUCCUUUUAUAUGUGUAUUGUUAGCAGAACUUACUGUAGCUGCCUUAUGCUGGUUUUGAAUUCCACUGAUGUGUGUAUUGUUAGCAUAACUCACUGAAACUACCUUAUGCUGGUUUUGAAAUCCAUCUUUAUGUGUGCAUUGUUAGCAUAACUAACUGUAAUUGCCUGAUUCUGGUUUUUAAAUCCAUCUUUAUGUGUGCAUUGUUAGCAGAACUAACUGUAAUUGCCUGAUUCUGGUUUUGAAAUCCAUCUUUAUGUGUGCAUUGUUAGCAUAAUUAACUGUAACUGCCUGAUUCUGGUUUUGAAAUCCAUUUAUGUGUUUUGUUAGGAUAACUUACCAUAACUGCCUGAUGCUGGUUUUGAAAUCCAUUUAUGUGUUUACUCUUAGGCCUAAAAAUAAUUGUGAGUUUACGGUUGUUGGCUAAAUAUACCUAAACAUAGUUGGUAUUCUUUUUCAUAUCCAUUUAUUUGUUUACUGUUUGCUAAUUGUACCUUUACAUGAAUGGUUUACCUUUUGGAAUCCAUUUAUUUGUUUACUGUUUGCAAAAUGUACCUUAACAUUAAUGGUAUACUUUUGAAGUGUAUUUUUUUGAUUACUGUUGGCAAAAUAUACCUUGACAUCUUUGGUAUGAUUUUUGUAAUUCAUUAACUUGUUUACUGUUGGCAAACUAUACUGUUACAUUUUCUAUGUCAUUUGUUUUCUUUUUGACAUCCAUUAUAUAUUUCCUGUUGGAAGAAAUACAUUAACAAUCUUAUUUCAUUGGUAUAUUCUUUCAAAUGUAUUAUGUUUAUUGUAAGUAUAAAAACACAGACGCUGCCUUGUCAUCAGAAUACUUUUCUUUUUUACCUGUUAACUGUAAGCAUAAUUACUGUUAGCAUAAUUCACCUUAACAAUUUAUUCCACUGCCGCCAAUUGCAUAACAUCAGUUAAGUUUUUGAUGUGCUCAUAGUUAUCCAAAAUGUUUAUUGAUUGGUCAAUAUUUAUCCAAUGAUAACUACUAACCAAUGAAAUUGUUUUAUUGAGUCAACCAGCAAAGCUAUAACCUGUGGACAUAUAUCAAAGUUUUAUACAAUUGGCUGCUGUCGGCUUAAGUAGUUUAAGUUUUACAUUGUUAGCUUGUCUGUUUUCCAAAGAAAAGUCUAGGUAUUGUCAUGGCAUUGGUAUCAUCGUCUGAUUGCUGAAAUGUAAGCCUAAGUCAUAACUAAAGAUGCAUUCGAGAUAUUCAAAUGAAACAUGGUACAUGUACAUAUGUUUCCAGGGAAAGUACAUGCAUGCACAGCAAGCUCAAAACUCUAGCUUCGAUAAGUGUUGAUUUAUUCCCCUUUUUUCAAAUGAAACACAACAGUCAAGCGUUGGUAGUUGCUCUGUGGCACUAUUGCUAUUCGUAUUGAACAAUAUUGUUAACAUGUAUUUUGUUCGUUGAGCCAUUGUCUAUUUAGAAAUAGCAGAAUUCUUUUUCGAAAUACUGUUUUAUACAUUUGUUAUUCUUUUGUUAUGUUUCUAAGUCUAUUGCAAUUUCUAUUAAACUUUUUAUUCUUCA